AUGAUUGUUUGGUGUGAGCGGUUCCUGAUGCGAGGGCUAUACACGAACCAUGAUCCUCCAGUGACCGUAAAAACGGAGCCACCUGAUGAAAUUCAAGAUGGAAGCGAUGCAAAGACAAUUGGAGAACACGAGAAGGUGCCAUUGGUAAUAAUGCCUUACGGUGAAAGAUACUCGAUUCUCCGUCAGUUGGAACAGAUGAAACCAACAGUGAUCAUUCUCUAUAAUACGGAUAUCGUCACAUUGAGACAGAUAGAAGUAUAUUUCUGUCAUACUGAUAACUUAGAAUCUACUGAGGAGUCACGAUACCUGACAGCGCUCAAAAAUGAGACCGACGCCUUCGAAUCCUUGUUUAAGGAGAAAGCGGUUAUUGUCGACAUGCGUGAAUUCAACAGCGAACUACCUACAGUAUUGUAUACAAAGGGGUAUGAUGUGGUUGCUGUUACUUUGGAGGUUGGUGACUAUGUGCUGUCACCAGGAAUCGCUGUUGAACGAAAAGCGCUUGACGAUUUGACCCAGUCUUUGCAAUCCGGACGUGUUUUCAAACAAUCUGAACAGAUGCUGCGGCAUUACGCGAAUUCUGUGCUCUUAGUAGAAUCUAAUCGUAAAUUUGAGUCGAAAAUUGUCAAUGGUGGCCCAUUUCAGGGUGAGCUCACGCGGCACUGUCGUGAAGUACGCGCCCUGUUAUGCUCGCUGUUGAGAGCAACACCACGUCUGAAGCUGAUCUGGUCGCUGUCCCCAGCUAAUUCAGCUGAGUACUUUGCUGAACUCAAGGUGCGAAGUCUACGCGAUCUGUUCACGAUGCCCAUUGAACAACUCCAUACCGCUGUGGGAUCUCAUGCCGAUAAGCUGCACGUGUUCGCUAACUUUGACUUCAGUGCAUCCGACUGA